AGAGAGAGAAGCAUUCGAGAGAGAUGGGCAAGAGAUAAAAAGAGAUGGAGCAAAGGAGAGAGAGAGAUGGGGAGAUCGAGAAAAAAGGGCAGAAAAAGCGAGAAAGGGCAAGAGCGAGAGGCGUGAGAGAAAGAGGAAGAGAGGGAAAGGGGGGCAAGAGAAUGUGUUCAACAGAGAGAGGGAGAAAGGAGAUGGGACGAGAGAGAAGGAGAUGAGGCGAGAGAGAGAGAGGAGGCGAGAGAGAGAGAGACAUUGUGUGAGAGAUAGAGAGAGAAGACGCAAGAGAGAGAAGUGGGUGCGAGAGAGACGUGUCGACAAAGACAGGGGAGAGAGAGACAGAGUGAAUACGAGAGAAAAAAAGGAGCGAGAGGGGGCAGGGGAGUCAGAGAGACGGGCCGAGAAAGAGAAAGAGAGAGGAAGGGGACGGGAGAGUGAGGUAGAGAAAGAGAGAUAG